AUGGCGGCAGUGAGGCUCUGCGAGCCUUCAGAGCUCUACAACCUGCUGAACCAGCGGCGAGGCGGCGUGUCCCGGCUGGCGGAGGUCAACUACCUCUACCUGAUCGACGCUCGUGAAAGUCAAGACUACCACACGAGCCACAUUAUCACGGCUAAAAAUGUCCAAAUGAGCUCAGCCGGGACGCUGCUCCUGCCGGAGUGGGUGGAGGUGGACAGCAUGCAGCAGGUGGUGGUCUACGACAGCAGCAGCAGCUCCGUUCAGGAUGGAGGCAGAGCGGCGCUCUGUGCUCGGGUCCUGGAAAAGAUGAGCCUCAAUCCGGUGCUCAUCCUGAGAGGAGGCUUCCAGAGGUUCUCGGCGAUGUACACGUUCCUGAGGACCGAGAAGAUUCUCUAUACCAUGACGGAGCUGGAAAACCUGAAGGUCUACCCAGUGGAGGUCAUCCCGGGGCUGCUGUACAUGGGAGACCUGAGUCAAGGCAGGGACGGCAGCGUCCUGAGAGACCUGAAAGUCAGAGCGGUGGUCCACAUCUCGCAGAGCGGCGCUCCAGAGUCUGGAUUUGCUCAUGGGACACACGCCAUGCUGAACAUCCCCCUGGAGGACUCAGUGACUUCUGACUUAUAUUCAAGUUUUGAAAAGAUUUGUUGCUUUAUUGAAUCAAACUUGGAUGUGGGCUCACGCGUCCUGAUCGUUUCCAGGCUGGGUCGAAGCCGCUGCAGCGCUGUGGCCAUCGCUUUUCUCAUGCACCACUUCAAAUACACACUGGAUGAGGCCUGGAAGUCCGUGCUCAAGUGUAAGCCCUCGAUGAGACCCAACAGUGGGUUUCUGCAGCAGCUCUUCAACUGGGAGCUUCACAUCAAGGGAACGAAUCUCACUGACAUCUCCCAGCCUUAUUUCUAGCAAAGGGCCCAGAUAU